AUGAGUGAAGAAACAAUUGAAUCUUUACAGCAAAGGGCUAUGCAAAAUAGCAAUCCUGAACAACAACAGAGAGCAGAACAACAAAGAAGAGAGAAUGAAGAAAAAAGAAAACAUAUAUUAGCACAGAUUUUGACACCUGCUGCAAGAGAGAGAUUAUCAAGAAUAGCAAUGGUAAAAGCAGAUAAAGCACGUCAAGUUGAGGAUAUGAUUAUUAAUGCUGCUCAAACAGGUCGUUUACAAGAGAAAGUCGAUGAACCAAAGUUGAUAUCUUUAUUAGAGCAAAUCAGUGAAAAAGCAACUAAAACAAAUAUAAUUAUGAAGAGAAGAACUAUCGAUGAUGACGAUUAG